GUGUUGCUCAGAGCCCAUUGCUGGACUGGGUCUGUGCCUCCGCACUCAUGGCUUCCCCUAGCAAGGCGGUAAUUGUUCCCGGGAACGGAGGCGGGGAUGUGGCCACCCACGGCUGGUACGGCUGGGUGAAAAAGAAGCUGGAGCAGAUACCUGGUUUCCAGUGCCUGGCUAAAAACAUGCCUGACCCAAUUACUGCUCGAGAGAGCAUCUGGCUGCCCUUCAUGGAAACGGAGCUUCACUGUGAUGACAAGACCAUCAUCAUAGGCCACAGUUCCGGGGCCAUUGCGGCCAUGAGGUAUGCAGAGACCCAUAGAGUAUAUGCUAUUGUAUUAGUGUCCGCAUAUACAUCAGACUUAGGAGAUGAAAACGAGCGUGCCAGUGGGUACUUCAGUCGCCCAUGGCAGUGGGACAAGAUCAAAGCCAACUGCCCUCACAUUGUGCAGUUUGGCUCCACUGAUGACCCUUUCCUGCCCUGGAAGGAACAACAAGAAGUGGCGGAUAGAUUGGAAUCCAAACUGUAUAAGUUCAGUGACCGGGGUCACUUCCAGAACACAGAGUUUCAUGAACUGAUUAGUGUGGUCAGGUCAAUGCUGAAAAUACCAGAAUAGACAAGUGACUCCUACCAUUCUAUGUCCUAGUAUGGGAAGAGAGGAAUAACAUCUAGUAUCAAUCACAUAAUCACUGGAUGUGAAACAUCCAGUUAAGCUCCCAAAGUGCCUAAAAGCAAGCUUAGUUACAAGAAGCAUUUUCAUUUCCACAGAACCUAAGUCUUCCUGAAAUCUUACUGACUACAGUAGUAUUCUUCCCAUUGGAUAAAGGAUAUAAGGAUGGUUUUGUCAUCUUGUUGCUCCAAAAAGCGUAAGUCAGAAAUGGAAUUCAGAGCUGGGUGUGGUGGUACACACCUGCUAUCCCACCACACAGGAGGCAGAGGCAGGAAGAGCUGGAGUUCAAGGCUAGCAACCUCAGUUAAGUAGUGAUUUUGAAGCCCAACGGGGCUCCAUAAGACCCUCUCUUAAUAAGAAAAAAAAAAAAAAAGAAAUGUAAUCCAGGUUUCCUGAUUCUCAGUCCAGAUUAAGCACUAAAUUGCUUUAUCUGGGCAUAGUGUAUACUGGUGAUCACAGCAUUUGGGAGGCUGAGGAAAGGAAAUUCCAAAUGUGAGGACUGCCUGUACUAAAUAUUGUCUCAAAAAAAAAAAAAAAAAACCCAAAACAAAAAUUAACUAUCAGUGUCACUUUUACAUUUUUUUUCUUGCUUUUUCAAGGUAAGGUGUUGCUGUAGCCCAGGCUAACCUGGAAUUCACUGUGUAGUCUCAAGGUGGCUUCAAACUCACAGCAAUCCUCCUACUUCUGCCUUCUGAGUGCUAGGAUUAAAGUUGUGUGCCACCAUGCCUGGCAAUUCCUUUCCUUUUUGAAAUAAAACUUGUCUGUCUUGAGGGAGGACAAUAUGACUGUAAGGUCCAGAGUGGUGGCCUGGAGCUCAAAAUACUGUUUCAAGGUAAUGCAGGAGGUUAGACUCAGCAUUCACCACUGAACCCCCUUACCCCUCCCUCCAUCCCCAGCUCCUUCAGACAGGUUGAGAGACCAACAUAUUAGGAGUCAGAUCUGCUAGGGUCAGACAGGGAAUGGAAGCACACUUCUCAUCUGUAUGCCAACUUUGGUAAGACAAGACUGGCAGGAUUAGAGCCAUAUGGACAAUGCGUGCCCUGUGGAAGUACUGCCAUAUAGAAAAGUGACAAGGAAAAAGUAUGCAUGUUUUUAAAUUUGGGGAAUAUGUAUGCACAUGGAUGUAAAUUGACCCAUAUCCAUAUGGAUUAUGAGAGAUGGCAACAACAAUGUAAGUCAGUUUGCAAAUACUGCAAGAUAAAGACAGAAUUAUCUAUUGUGGAUCCUUGGACAUAAACCUUAGCUCAGCCAAGUACUUAAUUUAGACGAUUCUCUGUAAAGCCAAAGGAAAGCUCAAGAUCCCCCAAAUGAGUGUAAUGUUAAAGGGUGAAAAACAUGGGCGCAAUUUGGAUUUUGUUAUAAAGUCUUAAGUUUCUUUAAAAGUAA